ACAGAUGUUUUAUUCAGCGAUCAGAGAUGUUAAUGUUGUUUCGACUCUCUGUGUAUAUAUUGUUGUUUUUUAUCAGUUUCUCAGAGGCAGUGAUAUCCUGUUUAAAUGAGGAUGGUCAGCCUGUUGACUGGUUCAUUAUUUACAAACUUCCCAUUUACAAGAUGGAAGUUAAGGGAAGUGGAGUGGAUUACAUGUAUCUGGAUCCAUCCGUCAUGGAUUUUCAGAUGAGUAAACAUACAGUCAACAGCAGUAAAGGAGCUUUAGGUAGAACACUGACACAGCUUUACUCCAGAUAUACAUCCAACGGCUCAGUCUAUAUGCUUUACAAUGACGCUCCACCAGAACUGAAGUACCCAAGCAAGUAUGGACAUACAAAAGGCGUGCUGAUGUUUGACCACUCUCAGGGAUUUUGGCUCACACACAGUGUUCCUCAUUUCCCUCCAUUUCCAGAGAGAAAUUACAGUUACCCAUCUACAGGAAAAUACUAUGGCCAGACUCUGCUCUGUAUUACAUACAACUAUACACAGUUCCCUCAAAUAUCAUGGCAGUUAGCAUAUCUUAAUCCACGUAUGUAUAACUGCUCUGUCCCUAUGGCAUUUCGCCCAGACAUUGCAGUCAUGGCACAGAUUUGUGAUGGUAAGACACCUGCCAUUAAAAACAGAAGAAGUCUGCAGAAGCUGAAAUCAGUUCGAGGACAAACUUUUUUCAGUUUUGCCAAAUCACACAACUAUGUGGAUGAUAUUUACACCGGUUGGGUGGCUCAAGCAUUGGGGACAGAUCUGCUGGUGGAGUCAUGGCUGCACCAGGCACAUCGGCUCCCCUCGAACUGCUCUCUUCCCCGGCACGUGAUGAACAUUGACAGAGUUUGUCUCCCAGGACCGCAGAUGUUCAGAAGCUAUGAGGAUCAUUCAAAGUGGUGUGUGUCUUAUGCAUUCAAAGACCAGUGGACAUGUCUGGGGGACUUGAACAGAGACAGUGGCCAGGCUGGCAGAGGUGGUGGGCUGAUAUGUUCUCAAAGCUCAGUCAUGUAUAAAGCUUUCCGUCAGGCCAUGGCUGGGUAUAAACACUGCUGAAAAAUACCUUCAGUACACUGAACAAGCUCCAGACUUUGGAGCAUGCAUUAACCACUGUUGAAAACCCUGGUUACACCAGUUUUAGCCUAUGCCCAGAUGCAAAUAUAAAAGUUGAUAAACAUAACAGAAACAAAACACACGCACACAAAAUGGUAAAUUUAGGCUGAUGAUUGUGGUGGGCAUCCAAACUAUAAACAAAAGAAAAACUUUUCAUUUUUUAAACCGAGUUUUAACAUUGUUUUAUUUUG